AUGGCGGUGGACUUUGGGGACCACGCCAGCGGGUUCCGCCACACCGAGGUGAUCAGGUUCAUCAACGAUGAAGUCCUCGUGAAUGGCGGAGGUGCAGGUUUCUACAUGGCCCCCAGCUCGCGGCCCUGGAACGAGGUAGAGGACCAGCUUCGGACCGUCCUGGCUGACCCUCAGGUGCCCGGCGCUGUCAGUAGAGCCUGUGCGUGGAGCGCGCUCGCCUUGAGUGUGCCCGUGGGCGCCAGGCAACGGGAGCACCAGGCGCGCCAGGUCCAGUGGCUACAGGACCUAGUAAAUGAGCCCGACAUGGCUGCCUGGGCCCUGGCCUCUGAGCUACAGCGGCUGUGCGGGGAGCGCGUCACACAACUGCGCUCCACAGGGGCUCCCCUGCAGCAGGUUCUGAUCCAGUGUGAUGUGCUUCGUGGGCGGCUGCUCCUGGUGGAGAGGUCAUCCCAGGUCAUCCCGUGGGUUUAUGAAAUUGCCUGGGCCUCGACCCGAGCAACCUGGGGCUAUAGCAUGGUCCUUGAAUGCAGAGCAGCAGAGAGAUGUGGUUGCCAUGGGGUUGCAUGCCCCAGCAGCUGUUCUUUACAUGCCAGGACCCCCAAGUCCCUGGGGUCAGGCCAUACAGCCCCCUCUGCCAGGGCCUGUGCAGAUCGACCACCCUGGUCCAAGUGCUACAGUAGGCUACCAAGAGCUGGUGGCCCCACUGUGGGACCAGAGGAGCUACAACAAGGAAGAGGGUCCUGCAGUCCUCCAGAGUACAGCCCCCUCCCCUUCCCAGGGACAUCAGAAGCUUUAGCCAAGAAGGUCCAGAGUGGCCUCAGGGGAUGGUUCCUGUUCGGGAGAGCUAGAGCCAGAGCCAGCAAGAAGGGUCAGAGAGAGCCCAGGGGACUGUUUCUUUUGGGGAUAGCGGGAGCCAGAUCCAGGAAGAAGGUCCAGAGUGGCCCCAGGGGACUGUUCCUGUUGGGAGAGCUGGAACCAGAGCCAGGAAGAAGGUCCAGCAUGGGCCCAGGGGUUGGUUCCUGUUGGGUAUAG